AUGGUCAGCAAGGAGGGCGGCAAAUGCAUGCUGGCCGCGUCGGAGAGCGAAGUGGAACCCGCCGCGUGCCUGGCACUGGAGAUGAAAUACGCCCUGGACCCCAACCGGCAGAUUAAAAAACGGAACAAAGCCCUGCAGGUGCGCUUCAAGGACAUCUGCGAGGCGCAGAACGAGCAGAGGGACACACAGCUCAUGUCGGGACUGCAGGGCGAGAAGCGGGAGGCCAAGCCAGUGUCCUGCAGGGCUGCUUAUCGCAAGUACAUGACGGUGCCCGCGCGCAGGUCCAUCCCCAACGUCACCAAGAGCACAGGCGUGCAGACCUCGCCCGACCUCAAAAAGUGCUACCAGACGUUCCCUCUGGACCGCAAAAAAGGCAGUCUCAAAAGCAUCCCAGCUGCGGAUCCCUUUAAGAGCCAAAACAAUGGGUUUCCAGCAGACGCUAAGGACAAGGGGGGACACCUGGAGGACGCCCCGCCGUGCGGCGCAGCUCGGGUGCACAAAACCAUGGCCUUGGUUUUCCAUUCUGAGGAGCAUGUGAAUGCGCUGGACCAACCGGCCGGGGUCAACUGUGCGGGGCCCUGCAAAAACCCCGACGUGCUCAGCUCCCGAGAAGGCCCCGUGCAGAGCCCCGCUCGGCCCCCUUCUCGAGAGCCCGGGUCCCAGCUGCAUGGGACAGCCGAGUCCGACAGGGGGACGCCGGACUCCGAGGAGCCCGUCCCGCCCGCCCUCGGGAGGGUGUUUAAAACGGAGGUCGCCACAGUGUAUGCCCCUGUCCUCGGUGCCAGGGCCCCCGAGCCAGGCCUGUCAAACUCUGCCGCUGCAAGCCAGUGGUCCCUGUGCCCUGCGGAUGAGGAGCGGAGGAGAGCCACACAUCUCAACGGGCUCCAGGCGUCGCCGCUGCAGCGUCUGUCCCCCGAAUGUAGUGACCAGCCCCUGCAGACGCAAGCCCCACCGGGGCUGGACAACCAGCCCAGCCCGACGGCGGUGGCUGCGGGGGAAGAAUGCCAACAAAUCGUGCCUCAUACGGACGUGGUCGACCUCAAAGCCCAGCUGCAGAUGAUGGAGAACCUGAUCAGCUCGAGCCAGGAAACCAUCAAAGUGCUCUUGGGGGUCAUUCAGGAGCUGGAGAAAGGAGAGGCUCAUCGGGAAGGGCUUUCAUAUCGGACGGGGCAAGACACAGCUAAUUGUGACACAUGCAGGAACAGUGCAUGUAUUAUCUAUAGCGUGGAACUGGAUUUUAAGCAGCAAGAAGACAAGCUGCAGCCAGUUUUGAGGAAACUCCACCCUAUUGAGGAAACUCAGGUCUCACCUUCGCCUUAUUCUCAGGAGACGUACUCCUCAACUCCCAAGCAAAAAUCCAAAACUGAAUCUAAAAAGCAUGGAAGAUGGAAACUCUGGUUCCUUUAAAACUCAUGGUGUUUGGAGUCUCGAGG